UGGUUUUCCAAAUCCAUGGCUUCUUCUUCUCCAAUCUCUAAUUCAAUUCGUUUUCAUUCCUCCAAAUUCCCUCGUUCUUCAAUCUCUGCAGCAGCUCUCACCCAAGAAACAACCAUCAACAAUGAAACCCAUGUUGAAUCCUCCUUCAGUUUCAAUUCAUACAUGAUGGAGAAGGCAGAUUCAGUGAAUCAGGCUCUGGAUAAAGCCGUCAUUAUGCGUGAACCCUUUAAGAUUCACGAGUCCAUGCGUUACUCCCUCCUCGCCGGCGGCAAGCGGGUUAGGCCGAUGCUCUGUAUCGCCGCCUGCGAGCUGGUGGGUGGGCAGGAAUCUACUGCAAUUCCGGCAGCUUGUGCGGUGGAGAUGAUCCACACUAUGUCUCUUAUUCACGACGAUCUACCUUGUAUGGACAACGACGACCUCCGCCGUGGAAAACCCACAAACCAUAAGGUAUUUGGGGAGGACAUUGCUGUCCUCGCCGGCGAUGCCCUCUUGUCUUUCGCUUUUGAGAUUCUGGUUACCGGCACGGAAGGGGUCCCGUCGAAGAAGAUCGUCAGGGCGGUGGGUGAGCUUGCGAAAUCUGUUGGGUCGGAAGGAUUGGUUGCAGGGCAGGUGGUGGAUAUAUGUUCUGAAGGUGUAAAAGAUGUUGGAUUGGAGCAACUUGAGUUCAUUCAUAUCCAUAAGACGGCGGUGUUGCUUGAGGCGGCGGUGGUGAUCGGAGCAAUUGUGGGUGGUGGGUCGGAUGAGGAGAUUGAGAAACUUAGGAAAUUUGCUAGAUGCAUUGGGCUUUUGUUUCAGGUGGUGGAUGAUAUUCUUGAUGUGACUAUGUCUUCUGAAGAAUUGGGGAAGACGGCUGGGAAGGAUCUGGUGGCAGACAAAGUGACUUAUCCGAAGCUACUUGGGAUUGAGAAAUCUCGUAAAUUUGCUGAAGAAUUGAACAAUGAGGCAAAAGGUCAUCUUUCUGACUUUGAUCAAAAGAAAGCUACUCCAUUGAUUGCUCUUGCUGAUUACAUUGCUUACAGGAAAAAUUAGUAACAAUAUGUUAUGUUUAUGGUUUUGGUUUU